CGGGCGGCGGGGCGGGCGCAGGAUGAGGGCGGCCAUUGCUGGGGCUCCGCCGCGGGGAGGAGAACGCUGAGGAGGCGCCGAGCCGCGCAGCGCUGCGGGGGAGGCGCCCGCGCCGAAGCGGGGUCCAUGGCCAGGACCACCAGCCAGCUGUAUGACGCUGUUCCAAUUCAGUCCAGCGUGGUGUUAUGUGCCUGCCCAUCUCCAUCAAUGGUGAGGACCCAGACUGAGUCCGGCACGGCCUCUGGCAUUCCUGGCAGUGUCAGCAGGCAGGGACACACCAUGGACAGCACCACAGCUGAGUCCAGGCCAAGUACUAACCCCCUGCAGCAUGCUGCCCAGCCACCACCACAGCCUCGAAAGAAACGGCCUGAAGACUUCAAGUUUGGCAAAAUUCUUGGCGAGGGCUCUUUUUCAACAGUUGUCCUGGCUCGAGAACUGGCCACCUCUAGAGAAUAUGCUAUUAAAAUUCUGGAGAAACGUCAUAUUAUAAAAGAGAACAAGGUCCCAUAUGUAACCAGAGAGCGAGAUGUGAUGUCGCGCCUGGACCACCCCUUCUUCGUUAAGCUUUACUUCACAUUUCAGGAUGAUGAAAAGUUGUAUUUUGGCCUUAGUUAUGCCAAAAAUGGAGAACUACUUAAAUAUAUCCGCAAAAUUGGUUCAUUUGAUGAGACCUGUACCCGGUUUUACACAGCUGAGAUCGUGUCUGCUCUAGAGUACCUGCAUGGCAAGGGCAUCAUUCACAGGGACCUGAAACCAGAAAACAUUUUAUUAAAUGAAGACAUGCACAUCCAGAUCACAGACUUUGGAACAGCAAAAGUGCUAUCCCCAGAGAGCAAGCAAGCCAGGGCCAACUCGUUCGUAGGAACAGCACAGUAUGUUUCUCCAGAGCUACUCACAGAGAAGUCAGCCUGUAAGAGUUCAGACCUUUGGGCUCUUGGAUGCAUAAUCUACCAGCUUGUAGCAGGACUCCCACCAUUCAGAGCCGGAAACGAAUAUCUUAUAUUUCAGAAGAUCAUUAAGUUGGAAUAUGACUUCCCAGAAAAAUUCUUCCCUAAGGCAAGGGACCUUGUGGAAAAACUCUUGGUUUUAGAUGCCACAAAGCGGUUAGGCUGUGAAGAGAUGGAAGGGUACGAACCUCUCAAAGCUCAUCCGUUCUUUGAGUCCAUCAUGUGGGAGAAUCUGCACCAGCAGACGCCUCCAAAGCUCACAGCUUACUUGCCAGCCAUGUCAGAAGACGAUGAGGACUGCUAUGGCAAUUAUGACAAUCUCCUAAGCCAGUUUGGCUGCAUGCAGGUGUCAUCCUCCUCCUCUUCCCACUCCCUGUCUGCGGUGGACACUGGCCUGCCCCACAGGUCAGGCAGCAACAUAGAGCAGUACAUUCACGAUUUGGACACUAACUCUUUUGAACUGGACUUACAGUUUUCCGAAGAUGAGAAGAGGUUAUUAUUGGAGAAGCAGGCUGGUGGAAAUCCUUG